CCCCGCCCCUCACGACAGGCAGUUUCAUUUCUAUGUGAGUCCCGCUCAGGACCUGGGAAGUGGAUGCUCCAAGGGACUCCCUCCAGCCCAGCGAGUGUGUGGCAUCGGUGGUGGCCCAGAUAAGACCUCCAGGCCCGUGGGGCCUGGCAGCCGGGCGCCCACAGGAAGCCGGGGUGGGUGUGCUGCCUCUGCUGUGGAGCCUCUGGGUCCGGCAUUGCAGCUUCCGGCAGAGGCAUGGCGUCGGCCUCCGUCAGCAAGAAGAUGCAGGAGGAGGCCACCUGCUCCAUCUGCCUGCACCUGAUGGCUGAGCCCGUGAGCAUCAGCUGUGGCCACAGCUACUGCCAGGCCUGCCUCCUGCAGGUCAUGGGCCUGAGCUCCUCCUCACAGAGCCAGCAACACAGGGAGACCUUCCCCUGCCCCCAGUGCCGGGCUCCCUUCCAGAGAGACAGCCUGCGGCCCAUCAAGCAGCUGGGCAGCCUCAUCGCCGCCCUCCAGGAGCAGGAGCAGGAGCUGUCCUGCCAGGAGCACGGGGAGCGGCUGCACCUCUUCUGCGAGAACGAGGGCCAGCUCAUCUGCUGGCGCUGCGAGCGCGAUGGGCGGCACAAGGGCCACAACACGGCGCUUGUGGAGGACGCAGGACCCAGCUACAGAGAAAAGCUCCAGGAAGCGGUGAGGAAAAUGAGGAAACUGAAAGAGGAAUGCACGAACCAGAAAGCAUUCACAGCGAAGCAGAUAGCCCAGUGGAAGGAGAAGAUAGAGGCUCAGAGACAGAAAAUCCAGGCGGGCUUCCAGAACCUGCACAGGUUCCUGCGGAAGGAGGAGAGGUCGUACCUGCGGAGACUGGAGAGCGAGGAACAGCGCACUCUGCAGAGACUGAGGGUCAGUGAGGCCGACCUGGACCAGCAGAGCCGCCAGCUCGAGAGCCACAUCCGGGAGCUGGAGGAGCGAUGCCAGGCCUCCGCCCACAAGGUGCUGCAGGACGUGGAGGGCGCCCUGAGCAGGAGCCAGGCUGUGAGGAUGGAGACGCCAGAGGCCCUGUCCUUGGAGAUUGAGACUGAGUGUGAGAUCCCCGACGUCUGCUUUGAGCUGAGGAAUAGGUUGAAGAGCCAUCAAGGUCCCUGCGAGGAUGGUCUCCCUCUGUCCGUAUUCGUUUGGGAUUUCUUUAACCGUCUGACAGAGCAGCCUGGCAGUUGUGAAACUGACAUGGAGCAGUUUGCAGAGACCCUGAGUGGCCGGGUCACCACGGACGAGGCUUUGGAAGAACUGGUGGACCUCAUCUACCAACAGGCCACGUCCGAGCCGAAGUUCUGCUGCCUGGGAGCUCGCCUGUGUAAUUACCUGUCCCGUCACCUGACCAUUCGCUCACAGAGGGGCAGAUUCUUCCCCGUGCUCCUUCAAAGAUUGAAGACUGAUUAUGAGCCUUUAGGUCAAGCUGGCACGAGAGAUGAAGCAGCUUGGAAACGUUUCCGUAAGUUGGUGCUCUUUAUGGGAGAAUUUUAUCUUCCGCUGGAGAUCGAAGGGGCACAUGGAAAGGCUCAAACACCUUUUCUUUGGUGGUUGUUGGAAGUCCUCCUUUCUCACCCUGUGGACGAUAACCUAAUUUGUGCAGUACAAUUCCUGAAAGUGACAGGGCCCGCCUUGGAAGAUGCCUGGAAGGCACAAGGAAGGACGGACAUGGACGAGGUUAUCCAGAGGAUUGGAAACAUCGUCCUGGACGCGCCCUGCAGUGAAGGCGUGAGGCACAUGCUCUUGACGCUUGUAGAGCUCCGGUCAAGUAACUGGGGGAGAGGCCCUGUCACCUCAGCAUCCGAGAGAAGCAGCACCUGAGAAUGAUCCCGACUGUUUUGUGACGGAACCGCCAUUGGGUCCAGUGGAUGGUGCUCCUCUCCCUGCAGCUGAUCCCGACGACCAGGAUUCAAUCAGGAGUGACCUGAG